GCGACAAAUAUUCUUGAUACAUGUUCCCUGUAUUCGAAUCCCUUAAAAUUCCUUUUUAGAAUUUUAAUUACUUGUGAUUUAUAAUUUUCUCUUCGCAAAAUCGAAUGCCAAGUUACUGCAAAGUGUACAAUGCAUAUUUUCGUCUUUGCAGUGUGUAGAAUCGAAGUCGUCGGGACGGUCGUCGAUCGCUGCACUUCGAAGGCGGCGCGCCAGCAGCGUCGCGGCGCUCGGUCGCGCAUGCGUCGCGGCGCCAGCGGCGAGGGUAUAAGAGCCGCGUCCGUGAAGCGGCGCAGUUCAGUAGUGUGGGUGAUCGUAGCGGGAGGAGGGUGGCUCCGCGCGCGGCCGCACCGCGAAACCGUGCCCACUCGCCUCAACCACGGAACGUCCACUCGUUUUCACGUCUCGUGCGAAAACAUGGCGGCCAGCGACGACGAGCCGAUGCAUCUCUACGAGGUCUUUCAGAACUGUUUCAACAAGAUCGCCAACAAGCAGUCUGAAAAGCCAGGCUUUCAGACGCCGUAUGGCCCCACGAUAGACAACGGAAUGGCGUACAGCAGUGGUGCAUUCGGUCCUACGGCGGGUGGACCGGGCGGGGCAGGCGGGGGCGGCGGUGGCGGUGGCGGGGGUGGUGGUGGCGUCGAGGGUACCACAUACCCCCCGGACUCGCCGUACUUUCCGUUCGGGACCAGGGGUGUACCGGUCACUGUAGGCACCGUCACUCCCACCCCCGUCGUGAAUCCGACGACUCCCGCUGGUACCAACGGCACACGGUUACCUAAUCCCACUGGCGGUGCUGCAACUGUGAAAAGGAAGAAGGAUAACCUCGACGGAACGGAAGGAGAGGUAGUAGCGACGCAACAUUGGUAUGGCUCGGAUGAAUUCGGGCAGGACUCGCCGAGAUACACGUCGCCGAAGGGUGCCCUUUACGCGGAUUCCUAUUACAUCGAUGGUAAUACAGGAACCGGUCCCGGUGACCCAUGGACGGGUGGCGGCGGUGGUGUCCAACCCCCAUACAGUAGUGGAUACGCACCCUCUCACCUGGCGCAGCCAGCCUAUCCCAUGCACCUACCCCACGACCCCAUGGCAUACUCGGCGAUGUCACCGAACGGUGAAUCUGCAGCGCCGAUCAUGGGCUCGGCGGUGACCAGUGCGGCUUCCCUGCCACCAAUGUCGACAUUCCGGGGUAGUGCCGCGGUCGCGGCGAACAGCGGCACAGGGGCGCCGUCGCCGGCAUCGUUGCAAUAUAGCCAUAGUCCUGGUGCACCGACGACCGCGCCUUCCGCGCCCAACACUGCGCCCACGACGAACCAGCAAUCCACCACGGACGACACCCUCGGCAAGACCCUCGCAUCCGUCGUGAGCACCCGAAUUUAUCCCACGGACCAAUCAGUAUCCAGUUAUAGCAGUAAUCCAUCUACGCCCGUCAGUUCGCCACCACCUUUAACCGGCUCGGCGCCAGGUUGGGCACCUGGAGCCGCGCCAGUCUCUCCGCAUUUUACGGCGGACCCCAAUCGUGGUAUUCACAUGCCGGCGCCUGAACAGCAGAGGCUAGACGAUGCCAUCGGCUUCCUUCGCGACCACGCCGAGUUGGUACAGGGGACACGGAUGGAGGAGCGGUUAGACGAUGCCAUAAACGUACUGAGGAAUCACGCCGAGAGUCAAGUGGCCCUUCAUCUCGGCCCGGUCGGUCCACACGGCGGGAUAUACUCGCAUACCUCACCACCGCAGCUGGAUCAUUUGGCGAGUCCACAUCCUGCGGUAACGGUGACGCAACCUCAGGGUUCCUAUCCCGGUCUUACGCCUACGCCCGACACGGAUGGUUCCAUCAAGAUCGAAAGGUUACCUGUGACGAAUGCCAAAAAGAGGAAAGAUCCGCCCGACAGCAGCGGCGGCGAGACGAAGCCUUCGAGCAGCGAACUCGCGGCCGGUGUAAUCGGGGCUGCUACAGUCAACUCGACGUCGCAGGGAAAGGGAACGAAACGAUCGCGCAGAUAUUCGAGCGCCGAGGACGAGGAUGAUGAUCCCGACAUGAAGGCGCAAAGGGAGAAAGAGAGGCGGCAGGCAAAUAACGCUAGGGAAAGGAUACGUAUCAGGGAUAUCAAUGAGGCUCUAAAGGAACUUGGUAGGAUGUGUAUGACACACCUGAAGACGGACAAACCUCAAACGAAACUCGGUAUUCUCAACAUGGCUGUUGAAGUUAUAAUGACACUCGAACAACAAGUCAGAGAGCGGAAUCUUAAUCCGAAAGCUGCGUGUUUAAAAAGAAGAGAAGAGGAGAAAGCCGAGGAUGGCCCAAAAUUACCUGGUCAUCUUGCAGCGCACAUAGCACAUCCGCAUUCUCAUCCACACGCGCACUCCCAACCGCCCUUUCCCGCAUUACCUGGUCCACAACCUUCCCUUCAGCACAAUCCACCACAGCCGCAGUAGCAGCGGCUCAGUGGCGGUAUCAUUCUGUGUUAAGGGGUAGAUACAUCUUAAAAUCGACAAGAGACAAGUGUAUGAACAUGACUUACAUACCCAUGUAGGAUUUUUUCUGCUCUUACGAGUUGUGGAAAUGUGCAAAAAAUUGUGGAUAUUAUGUGGUGCGUUACAUUAGUAGAGGAAAGAAAGCAAGACAAGAAACACUUAAUUGUUAAAAUAUCUUCUAUAUUAUUUAAUAUGAGAUAAAUUAUUUAUAUAUUAAUCAGUAUUUGAAUACUUUUUUCUUUUCCAAAUUGCUUUGGACAGAUACAUGUUAGAGAGAAUCUAUCUAUUAAUUUAAAAAUUAAAGAUCAAUUUAAAUAUAUAUUUUGUUGCUAUAGAACAAGAGCGACACAGAAAUAGCCAUAAUUUUUUUCACAAUUUUUCAAUAUGCAAUUAAUAAGGGAAGAAGUUCUGUGCGCGCUCACCUCAGCAUAGGGCAAGUAGUUUUAAGAGGCAUCUACCCCCUCAAGGCGGCUUCAAAUUAUUUUUAUAAAUAGCGAAAAGAAAAAAACAAAGGAAUAUGGUUCCUCUUUCGAGAUAUAUAAUGUGUAGUACGAUCGAGGUUUUAUUAACGAUCGAACUUCGCUGCUGACUCAUGUUAAAUUGCCACUUCUGUGUAUACACUACCGACACGUUUACGUUAUAAUGCGCAAUAGUUAGGAAGAGAACUCGAGUUAGCGAAAAAAUGGAGCCAUUGACUAAAGAUGAAGAUAAAGGCAGCAUAUUUCCGAAUUUGAUUAAAUAUAUUUAAAUAUACUUUUUGAUUACAUAAAUUGACAAAAUCAAUAAAUCUUGAUAUUAAGAAUUUUUUAUUCUUAUGACUUAUCUAAUUUUGAUGAAAUUUAAAUAUAGCAUAUGGAUGCUAAAAUGGCAUAUGGAUUAUGUCGCCUUUAUAUUGAUCAUUAGACGUUGGCAAUAUUGUAUAUAGAAAUUAUUAUUUACGAGCGUUCAGUAUGUGAAUUGAAGAUGCUAGCGGUUCGUUCACGCUCGCGAGAACACCAUUUGUAACUGGUUCGCGGUGUGAUAAGAAACUCACAUUCCGAUGCUUGCAGCUUCUUUUCUGUCACGUACAACUUGAUUAAGGAAACAAAGACAAUGAGAACUUUAAGCAUGUCAUUUGUUACAAGAUUUGCUUCUCUAAAGAUAUAGAAAGAUUAAAAAAAAAAAUUAUACACAUAUAUAUGUGUGUGUAUAUAUAUAUAUAUAUAUAUAUAUAUAUAUAUGUAUAUAUAAUACAUGGUAGAUAUCAUUUACACAAAUGAAUAAAAAGAAGCUGUAAGGAACGUAUAAAUAAUAAUGAAUUCUUAUUACACUGCAUCAUUUAAUAAAAUACUCUCAUUUUUAACAUCAAUACUACUAUCUCAGAGAAAGUAAGAAAACGUGGCCGUGAAGAUACCCUACUUAAUGAAGUUAUCAGCAUGUAUUUAUUUUACUCUAUUCUUCAAGUAUUUUUUACGGCUAGAAUUUGAUCAUAUAUGCCAUUUAAGUGCCAUCUUUUUUAGGACUCUCUUGGUUUUGAUAUCGAGGAUAUUAAUGCAUUCAAUUCUAGUUUAUAUUAAGCAUAAUUUAUAUACAAAUCACAUCUCAUUUUUAUUACAAGCCAUUUUAAUUAUUUCGGAUUUUGUAUAACAUAUUUUUAUAGUAACUGUAGGAAAAUAGCGUGAACGAUCCGUGUCCAAAACCGAAAGCGUACAUUAUAAGAAAUAACACUAUAAGAGAUAACAUUUGCAUUACUUUCAACAAAUAAUUUGUUAAUCAUUUUAUUACACUGAUCGUUCGAACGAUCUUUAAUUUAAGAAUAAUGAAGGAUUUUUAAUUUAAGACAUUUUAGGACAUUCUUGAAUUAUAUAUUAAUAAUUUUUAUGUAUCAUGUCUUUUAUUGUUCGUGUCUCAUCACGAAUAUAAAUUGCAACUCCGACGAAAUGGAUUGUCCCAAAUAUUAUUGCAGCAUUAAGGAAAGCAUUGAGCUAAUAAAAAUACAAAGCAAAAAGAAGGAAUCAAGAGAUCUCUCUCAAUUAUUGAUUCAAAUCGCACGCUUGUCAUAAUAACUUACUAUGAAACAUUGCGUUUUCAUAACGAUUUGUUAUGCAACAUUGCGUAUAUUAUCAAGAAUUAAAAGGCAAGAAUUUAAAAAGCAUUUACACAUGCCAAGACAUGCAUUACGAGAAAUACUACAACGCUUAGAAAAAAUAUGUUUUUGUUAUGACAUAUAACAAUGUUUACAGACGCAUUUCACAAAUAUGCGUUAUACAGUGCUUUUCUUUCACGAUGCUGCAUUGCUGGAGAAAAGACGAUCUUUCUAUGGCAUCGACUGGUUUUGGUACAUCGUCGAAUCACUCUGGACCUUCUCAAAUCUUCAGGGGGCUCCUCUUCCUGCGCUACCUUUGCCACCGAUCAAUCGGGCAAAAACUUUCUGUACUUAUAUACGCGGUGAAGUGGAAUAUAGAUUGAGCGAACGCGAAAUAAAUAAGCUUCAUAAGGCGUGAUAUAAGGUCGUUAUGAACACGAUUUAGCUCGCACUAGUACGAGAAGAGCCAAACCAAUCAACCUGUCAUAAUCAUGAUUAAUUAUUAUUAAUUAUUAUUAUUAUUAUUAUUAUUAUUAAUUAUCGUUGAUAAGAUCUUUCGUGAGAAGUAAAGAACGGGACAUUUUUGUUUUUGAACAAAAAUAUAGCUCAAACGUAUCUGUACCCAGUUGCCAUGUAUUUUAAUUUAUUUAGAUUCUUAUAAAUAAAUUUUAUUGAAAAAAAUGAAA